AUGCCUGAAGGAGGCGAGGAAGAAGGCAGGCCAUGGGGCUGUCUGGCGGAAGGCUCCCAGGCCGAGAGAACUGGCAGGUCUGGUAUUUUUGAGGACUGGCAAGGAGGCGGGAGAAGCAAGAACGCGGACGUGCCUCUCAGUCCAGCCGCAGGCCCCGUCACCCGGUGCUUCGUGCGCAUCCGUGUGCACGUCCAAGUGUGCACUGUUGGGCCUGGGCACCUGGAAGUCCCUUAUGACGCCCGUAUACCUGCGUAUAUCCCAGAGUCUGGGCAUCAGGUGACCGCCCCCCCUCCCGCGCGCCUCUGUCUGCCCCGCCCCCUCCAGGCCUCAACUCUGCGCUGCGCGUGCGCAGUGGCCCUGGUGGCCCUGGUGGUGCUGCUGCAGCAACCCGACGCGGCGGUGGGGCAGGAGCUGCAAGUGCAGCAGCCCCUCUGGCCAAGGGCGGCCAGUUGGCUGCCCAGCUUCAGCCAUUUAAAUAAGUACUUUGAGAAGCUCUUCGGUAGCAGCAUGAAGUCUAAGAAAUAUAAGGACGCGAAAAAGCCCGAUACACCACCAGCGAAUGCUACGAAACCCCUUCAAGCAAACGCCGUGAAACCUCUGUCAGAGAAUGCCAUGAAACUACCCCAACAGAACAGCACGAAUCCUGCACCCCGGAACAGCAUGAAACCCUGACCACCAGCCUCCUCCCAGGGCCCCAGGUAGGAGAGCCUGGGCUCAGCUGGCACCACUCAGGAGCCUCGGAACUGGGGUCAGGUCGGAACUGGGAGCAAGUUGGGCAGGAGGGGAAGGAAGCCCUGGAGGGUAAGGGAACUCCAGGGUCCUGGGGGCUUCUUCUCCAGGCUGGGCUUUGACUUCUGGAAGCCCAGCGCAAGAAUCCCCCAGAAUAUAAACCGACCCCCUUUAUGUUCUGAGAAGGGCCCUAACUCCUGCCUACUCCACCCCCAGUGAGACCAAUAAAGAGAAUCACUGUUGCUUC